AUGGAGCAACAAAGAUUAGUUGAGCUUCUAGCCAACUGUCAAGUUCCUGAUACCGAACGCCUAAAGGCAACCACAACGGAACUGCGAAAGAACUACUAUCCUCACCCACAAACCCUUCUCUGGUUACUCCACAUUCUAACUUCCCACGAUGACUCGAAAAUCCGUCAACAAGCUGCUGUCGAGGCUUGCCGUUUAGUGGAUAAACACUGGGCUGCCCAACCCUCCGACCAGAAGCCAGCCAUUCGCGAGAAACUCCUCGAGUCGACCUUGACCGAAAAACAGUCCCUUGUACGACACUCCUCUGCGCGCGUCAUUGCUGCUAUCGCCAAGAUCGAUCUCGCAGACGGAGAAUGGGCGACGCUCCCAGGUCUUCUCGCACAGGCUUCGACUUCAUCCGAUGUUUCUCACCGUGAGGUCGGGAUUUAUAUUCUCUUCUCCUUACUCGAUGUGGCAGGAGAUGCCUUCGAGGACAAAGUCCAAAGUCUUUUCUCACUAUUCGCUACCACCAUCAAAGACCCAGAGAGCGCCGAAGUUAGGACCAACACAAUGCUUUGCAUGAGCAGAGUUGCUAUGUUGAUCCACCCCGAAGAGGAUCCAGAGAAUCUGGCACGAUUCGUGGAUCUGUUCCCUGACAUGGUCGCCGUUUUGAAAGCUGCUAUCGACGAAGAUGAUGAGGAUCGAACCAUGCAAGCUUUUGAAGUUUUUCAGACAUUGCUUGGCCUUGAGGGUGCCCUCCUGAACAAACAUUUCAAAGACUUGUUAACUUUCAUGAUUGAUAUUGCUGCCAACACCGAUAUUUCCGAUGACUCCAGAAACCAGGCAUUGUCUUUCUUAAUGCAAGCCGCAAGGUUCCGCAAGAUGAAGAUACAGGGUAUCAAGAAUAUGGGAGAGACUCUAACGACCAAGUGCAUGCAAAUUGCAACUGAGAUCGAGGAUGACGAAGAUGAAGAAGACGAAGUCAACCCUCACCGUUCAGCUCUUGGUCUUCUCGAUCUGCUCGCUGCCAGCUUACCUCCACGACAGGUCAUUGUUCCCCUUCUUAAUCAGCUUCCUUCGUAUGUCAAUCACGAAUCGCCUCAGUUUCGCCAGGCUGGUAUCUUAUCUUUGGGAAUGUGCGUCGAAGGAGCACCCGACUUUAUCGGUACUCAACUCGAUUCUUUAAUGCCAAUUGUCAUGAAGCUCCUCAAUGAUCCUGUUGUCGGUGUCCGUAAUGCUGCUUUGAAUGGAGUGGCUAGACUUGCCGAUGAUCUAGCAGAAGAUCUCUCCAAACACCACGCGGAACUCAUCCCAGUUUUACUCAAGAACCUGGACUCUGCAAGUGGUGAAUCUUCUAGCGAGUCUGAGUCGCGUAAAAAACUGGAGAUCCUGAAAGCUGCAUGUGGUGCGCUAGAUUCUGUUACUGAAGGUCUUGACAAGGAGGUUAUGACAAGCUAUCUUCCCGAGCUUGUUCCCCGCUUGGGAAGACUGCUCAGUCACUCCGAGCUCACAGUCAGAUCAAGUGCUGCGGGUGCACUCGGAUCAAUCGCCGGCGCUGCUGAAGGUGAUUUCUUACCGUACUUCGAACCUGCCAUCAAAGCUCUUUCCGAGUUUGUCUCUAUCAAGGACAGUCAGGAUGAACUAGAUCUUCGUGCAACGGCUUGCGAUGCGAUAGGCAGCAUGGCCACUGCCGUUGGCGCUGAAGCUUUCGAGCCAUACGUUCAACCUUUGAUGCAAGCAAGUGAAGAGGCGCUCCAUUUGGGCCACCCGAGACUGAGAGAGACAAGCUACAUCCUCUGGAGUACGUUUGCCAAGGUUUAUGAAGAAAAGUUUACACCAUACCUUGAUGGUGUCGUUAAGGGUCUUAUGGAGAGUCUUGAACAGGAGGAGUCAGAUCUCGACGUUGAGCUAGGUGCUGAAGCGCAAGAUUUACUAGGUCAAGAAGUCAUCAUUGCCGGCAAAAAGGUUAAAGUUGUCGCUGCAACGGAUGACAAUGAGAUUGAGGAUGUCGAUGGCAUGGAAGAGGACGACGAUGAAGACUGGGAUGACCUUGGUGGUGUUUCUGCAGUGGCUUUCGAGAAAGAAAUUGCAAUUGAAGUGCUUGGUGAUGUGCUUUCACACACUCGUAGCAACUUUGUGCCGUAUUUCGAAAAGACUAUUGAGACCGUCAUGGGCUUAGUCGAGCAUCACUACGAGGGAGUCCGCAAGACUGCAGUGGGCACUUUAUGGAGGGCAUAUGCCUGCCUGUGGGCUUUGAUGGAAGACCAUACCGGGGAGAAGUGGACGCCUGGGUUGCCACCAUCAUCUCAGCCAUCAGAGGAAGUCCUCAAGCUUGGUGAAGUGGUCUCAGUCGCAACUCUCUCAUUGUGGGAGGAUGAAGUUGAUCGGGCCGUUAUUACCGACAUCAACCGAAAUGUGGCAGCUACGUUAAAACUUUGUGGACCAUCCAUUCUGACCCAAGGCAAGUUUGCCGAACAGACGAUCUCCAUUUUGGCAUCCAUCAUUACCAAGUCGCAUCCAUGCCAACAGGAUAUUGGUGAUGAAGCCGAUCAAUCCCCUGAAGACGAAGAAUCCUCUGAGUACGACUGGCUUGUGAUCGAUACUGCUCUCGACGUUGUCAUUGGACUUGCUGCUGCUCUCGGUAGUCAGUUCUCUGAAGCGUGGAAGAUCUUUCAAAAACCCGUGAUGAAGUAUGCAUCCUCUCAGACCAACUAUGAACGUUCUACUGCAAUCGGAGUCAUUGCUGAAUGCACCGCACAUAUGGGCAAUGGAGUAUCACCGUUCACUGCACCUCUCCUCAAGCUACUGUUACAUCGCUUGACUGAUGAAGACGACGAGACCAAAUCAAACGCAUCUUAUGCCAUUGGUCUGUUGAUCUAUCACUCAACUGAUUCAAACACCUACCUCCCUGCAUUUAAAGAAAUCCUGAGGAAAUUGGAACCACUUCUCCACACACAGGUCGCUAGGACACUCGACAACGCUUCUGGAUGUGUUUGCCGUAUGAUCAUGGCCCACCAGGAUCAAGUGCCUGUCGAUGAUAUACUCCCAGUUCUCGUUGAGUUGCUUCCACUGAAGGAAGACUAUGAAGAGAAUAAGCCAAUUUACGAGUGUAUCACGGGCCUCUACGAGCAUCAAAAUCCAUCCAUCAUGGCACUUACUCCACAAUUGAUUCCUGUCUUUGCCGCUGUGGUUGGUGAGCCAGCUGAGCAGCUAGAGCCCGACACACGCAGCAGGAUUGUGGCGGUGGUCAAGUUCAUUCACGCAAAGGACGCAAGUCUGAUUCAAGGCAAUCAAGUCUUGUCUCAAUUCGUGUAA